UAAUACACAGAGUUAGAGGAGCACUUGAGGAGCUUUGGAGUAAAGGACGGACUUGAAGCCUCUUAUGUUUAACAGCUGAUUGGCUGCUGUUAACCGUCCCUGUUUCUGAACUUCAGCGUAGAGGAAUCUCGUAAAGAAUACAAGACUUGUCAAAAUGAACUUGUCGUACUUGGUAGCCUGUGGACUUAUAGUCACCCUGCUUUCAGUAAGGAUGGGGGCGAAACCUUUAUCUCAGACGCAGCAGAAGUCUCUUAGAAGUUUGCUGGGCGAGGAGCUGGCGGAGUUUCUGGAGUCGGAGGAGAGGGAGAGGCGGCUAGAUGCUGUGCGCUCCCGGAUACGGUUACUGCGAGAUUUACGCAUGGACACCCGUGCCAGAGGCAUGUGGGCUCGUCUCCUCAACGACCAACCCGCGCCGAGGAGACACAAAUCGGGAAACAAGAAAGGGGGCUCCACGUCGCGGAGUGGCUGCUUCGGACACAAGAUGGACAGGAUAGGAACCAUCAGCGGCAUGGGCUGCUAGGGUCGGAGCAGCGCUGUGAUUGAUCUCUGGACGAUGGGUUUGGACAAAGAAAGGUUCCGUUUGUUCUCACCUGAGGGGGGAAAAUAGAACAACUCACCAAGUGACAGAUUUUCGGUACGAAAGUCACCAUGACCAGCAUAAACAAAGACUGAGAUGACAAUGCUACAAAACCCUCAUAUAAAUAUAUAUAUGAUAAAUAUGCAGGUAUAUAUACAUAUAUACAUAUAUGUAUACCAUAAAAAAUGGUCAACAGAUACAAACACAGAUGCAUACAACAAGAUGGCGGGCAAAGGUAUAAAAACUACAAACUGCAAAGCUGUAUAUUGUUGCUGCUGCUGUACAUUCAUGUACUUCAUCUUCCCCUGCAUAAAUGUAUUUAUGUUUAAAAAAAACUAUUUAUAUGUUUAUAAAAAAAGAGAUAUUUAUAAAUAUGAGUUUUAUUUAUGUAACAUUUUGAAAAUGGACGCAAACUGCAGGUCAAUUCUGUUUGUAACUUUUUUCUUUUUGUCUCAUAGUUGUAAAUGUUUUCAAAAAUGAUAAAAAGAACAUUCCAUGUGCACUU